AUGUCUCCUCACAACAGCACUACGAAGCCUCAAAUAUUCAACAAGCUCCCAGAGCAUCUCCAAGAAAACCCUACCUUACCUCAAGUGAGAACUCCAAAGAGGCCCAGGCUUGCCCCCAAACCUCCUGAAAAUAUCGACAAGCCUCUCGCCACUACUAUAACGCCUGAAAGUAUUGAUUCAGAGCCCUUGCUUAGCCCUGGCCAUGCACCGGGUUAUUUACAAUGGAAAAAGGCUCCCGCGCCCGAUCUAGCUAGUGAAACCGAGCAGGAGAAGAAACACCGACUAAACAAAAGACACGCCCCGAAGGGUAAAAGAGGCACGCGCUGUAUUGACGACGGAACCAUUGACCGAAGCCAUGCAAUGCUUGGCCAACCAGAUCCCUCUAAACUCGUAGUCAGGUUCAAGACUGAAGAAAUCAACGAAUUUUCAAACAAGCCGAUUCACGGUGAUGUCGAAUUUCGAUACGAGGAUGAUUCGGAAGGUGUUCGAGUAGAUUGGAAUGACAAACAAUCUCUGCAUGCACUUAAUAAUUGGCGAAAUCAGGUUAUUCGACGGAACAUCGGUAAAGUCUAUGAUAACAAGGAUUUUUGGACUGUACAAGAACAGAAGAUUCUCACCGAACUAGUUCGGGAUUAUGUCAACGCCAAAAAAGACAUCGAUUGGACGCAGAUCGCUAAUGAUUACAACUCCUCAACUGAAAACCUUGAGCAGGAUAAAGGAACGCCUGGUGCUCCGCGGCGAUAUCAUUGUAAGAGUUACGAUCAGACUCCCCGGGAAGCUCUCUGUAUCUCUAUACCACUUCGUGAGAGUCGCCAGAUACCCAAACGGGAUGAUUGGGUUUUACGCCAAGAGAUGGGUUACUUCCUCGCCCCCGAUGCUAUUGCAGUGAUGGAAAUGCUGAGAAGCAGUGGUCUUCCGCAGAAAAAUGGUCAUCCACCAGCGAGGACUCGCCACGAGUCAAGCCAAUUAGGAAAGCUAAACAAAGAUAAGGAAGCUGCGCAAGGAUCUUUCGAUGAGCAAGAGUGCUCUUUUGCUUCUUCUACUUAUGAGACCGAUCGCUCCGUAGUCGAAGCAUCGCCAGAAUUGGCUCCAACUCCUCCACUCCGUCCUCUUACCCAGCCUCGGCCACUUCAACCUCGCCAAAAGGCCAUAGUUCAACAGAAAUCAGAGCCACCUCGUAGUCGAUACAAGAAGCGCAAUGUUUACAACGAAGAGAAAAUUUACGAUAAGCCAUCAACUAAUUUGCACCGUUACUCGACCGGUUUGAACACGAGUCAAGGACCUGGUGAUAGACGACAAGCUCUUGAUCUUUUGGCUGAGCAGGCGGCAAUCUUGUAUGAUCAUCUGCCUGAAGAGUCGAAAUGGUCAGGCCCCAGACCUCUUGUACCCACUAUUACACCUGCUCCUACUGCACCUGCGCCUGCGCCAAUCAGAUUUAGACCUGUGACUUUUGGUCCCGUCGCGUCUACUCGCAAUAACCCUGUUCGAAUGCCUACUGCUCCCAUGGUGCCUGUUUCUAAAAUGUCUUUCCCCGGGACACCCGUUCCAUUGGCAUCUGAUCCUAUCGCAACGAGAAAGAAUUCCGCAGAACUCGGCUCGCACCAAAUGGCUUUUCUGCAGACACCGAAUCCUCCAGCAAACCCUCUUAGUCGAAGCUUAACCCAGCCACGACCACUUGUUCCUCGUGUUCCUGAUAGGGAGAUCAAUCGUCGAAUGAGAGAAACAGCUGGGAAAGAAACCGCUGAACUUAACGCCAAGAAACGCAACACUUCCGAGCCAGCUCCUGAGAACUGA